AUGGCAUCUGUCGACCAAGAGAAAGCCCCUGCACGAGAUUCGACUACCCAACACGAGGAAAUAGUCAAGGAUGAGCACCUCGGACAUCUCGUAACCCAUGAAGACCAUGAGACGAGCAAAUGGCAAGCCAUCAAGCAGAACCCAACCUGCUUCCUCUGGUGUUUAUAUGCCGUCUGGACCAUCCUGCUGGUCACGUUCGAAAACCAAGCGGCUGGCAAUGUCCUUGGUAUUCCGCGCUUUCGUCAGGAUUUUGGAUAUUUGCACGAAGGCGACUAUGUCAUUCCAGGGAACUGGCAGUCGGCUUUCAGUGGCGCGCCGCUUGCAACCAACGUCGUUGGUUGCUUUGCUUCUGCUGCCAUUGCUGACAAGAUCGGUCGACGAUUCACCAUCAUGCUCGCUCUAGUGCUCUCAUUUGUCUCCAUAACGUUGGAGGUCGUCGCAACGACCAAUCAGAUGUUCUUUGGUGGCAAAUUCUUGAACGGAUUCGCGAUAGGCACGUUCCAAACCGUAUCGACGGCCUACCUGGGAGAGAUUGUCCCCACGCCCCUACGCGGUAUCAUGACGUGCCUGAACGCCAUGGCCUAUACUAUCGGCCCCUUCACCGUGGCAUUGAUUGUCAACUCCACCGGCCAGAUGGAGUCUCGGUGGGCCUAUCGUGCCGUCUUUGUAUCGCAGUACGCUUUCGCGGCAGUCGCAGCCGCGGGCAGUAUCUGGAUGCCGGAGAGUCCCUGGUGGCUCGUAUCCCAAGACAGGCACGAGCAAGCUGUCAAGAGCCUCCAGCGACUGGGCCAUAAGAACGGCGAAGAGCACAAACGUUUGGCCAACAUCCGCGUCACGCUUCAGGAGAUCCGCCGCGAGACUGACGGCGUGACCUACAUGGAAUGCUUUCGGAAGUCGAACCUGCGUCGCACCAUCGUGUCGCUGUCCCCCCUCACAAUCCAGCAGCUGACCGGCAUCGUCUUCGCCGCAAGCUACAGCACGUACUAUGCCCAGCUCGCAGGCUACAGUGUCGGCAUGUCUUUCAAGCUGCAGAUCACGCAGCAAGUACUGUCAAUUGUCGGCAACAUGAUGUCCUGGGACCUCAUUGACCGUUUUGGCCGUAGGCCCCUAACUAUCUACGGCCUUGUCGGCUUGACAACGAUACUCUGGGUGAUGGGUGGUCUUGCUGUCGGCGGCUCACCAGCCAUGCUUCGAGGCACCGUUGCCAUGAUACUGGUCUACUGUUGGCUCUACAACGUCACCAUUGGAGCAACGUCGUGGACUGUCGUCACCGAAACGGCAACAGCCCGCUUGCGGCCCAAGACUGUGGCCAUUGGCAAUGUCAGCAACAGUCUCGUGUCGAUCGUCUGGCAAUUCACCAUGCCGUAUAUGUUCAAUCCGGAUCAAGGGAAUCUUGGUGGGAAAGUUGGGUUUAUCUUCGGAGGGCUCAGCUUCGUCUGUAUUGGGUAUUUGUGGUGGUACAUGCCCGAAACGAAGGGACGAACAUACGAAGAACUGGAUGAGAUGUUCAUGAAGAAGGUGCCUGCGAGGAAGUUUGGGACGUAUAAGACUGAGGUGGAAGAAAAGGGAGUGCAGGCACAGCAGAGCGAGGCUCAGACUUGA